GAUGGCGAGGAUGCCGCCCUAGGCGAGAGGGGGGAUUCCGUUUUGAUUUUGAUCCCUCUAGCUCCCCGUAGUUCUCAAGAUGGCGGCGGCCGGGGAUGUGCCUGUGCGGGUCUGUAACCAGGAGAUUGUCAAAUUCGACUUGGAGAUUAAAGCGACGGUGCAGGAUAUCAGUGAUUGUCAAGGGCCCUUAAGUGUGCUUACAGAAUUAAAUGCCAGAGUAAAGGAAAAGUUUCAACAUUUACGUCUCAGAAUACAGGAGCUCGAGCAGAUGGCUAAGGAACGAGAUAAAGAAUCAGAAAAACAAGCCUUACUCCAAGAAGUAGAGAACCAUAAAAAACAAAUGCUCAGCAAUCAGACAGCUUGGAGAAAGGCUAAUCUAGCUUGCAAAAUUGCUAUAGACAACUCUGAGAAAGAUGAACUGCUGCCAGGAGGAGACCCAUUAAGACAAAGAAAAACCACAAAGGAAAGCCUGGCAGAGAAUGCAAGUACAAUUACAGAGAACCUGAUGGGCAUUAGCAGGAUGAUGUCUCAGCAGGUCAAGCAGAGUGAGGAGACCAUGCAAACACUAGCCAAUUCUUCACGAACCAUCCUGGAUGCGAAUGAUGAAUUUAAGUCCAUGUCGGGGACAAUACAGUUGGGGCGAAAGCUCAUUACAAAGUACAACCGCAGAGAACUGACUGAUAAGCUGCUCAUUUUUCUUGCCCUGGCCUUAUUUUUGGCCACUGUGCUCUACAUCCUGAAAAAGAGACUCUUUCCAUUUUUGUAAAAGUCCAAAGCACAUGGAUUACCAAAUAUUAUGAAAGACCAGAAAGGGAGAUGGGAUAAUAAUAAUGAAGUUCAGUGUAACCGGGAUCAAGCACUGUUCUAGCUGAAAGAGGGUUAGAGCAGACAGGUCUUUAUAUUGUAUAAAUGGAGUAUGAUACUGGCUAAGAUGUCAAGUGAGCUUGCUCACACAUGUAGGGGCAGGAGGAGAAAGAAUGAGGUGGACAGAAGCAACACCCUUUUCUCUGCUGGGUUGGGGAAACAGAGAAGCACUUGGUGAUCCAGACAGGUGCUAGUCUUAAUUUUCAACCCUUCUCCCAUCUCUGCAUUAAAUGACCUGUCACUUAACGAUCUGAUCAGGAGGUGCCUUAUCAGCUGUAUGUAAGAGGUUGAGAAUUAAGCUGAGGAACAUGAGAAGAGAAAAGAGGAUGGAUGCAAAUAAACAAAAAAACCCAAACUUAGAUACAUUCCUUUAAUAAACUAUUUAUAGUG